GUCGUUUCCUAUCCGCUAAAAGAAAACUUUAGAGCAUACGUAUUUGAAAAAAUGAGGCAUAUACUGAAUGCAUUUAUUACCACAAGUCUGGUAUUCUGCUCCCUAAUAUCAAUGGGGAUAGCUGAGCAACAAACAAUGAGCCACGCUGAACAUGAUAUGCUGGACGAACCUGUACCCGAAUUCAAUGCCACAGGAACUGAACCAAUGUCAUACGCUUUGUUUCCAGACGAUAAGGGAUUAUUCUAUACCCAUGUUGCGUUCAUGGCCGUUGCUUUCUUGCUACUCAUGCCCAUAGGUGUCAUGUUGGGAAUCGCCAAGUCAUCCUUCCAUGUACCUGUACAGAUUUUGACCUUUGCGUUUGCCAUGGGAGGUUUCUUUUUUGGCAAACUCUAUGGACAUAGCACCCCCCAACUGUAUGCUGGAAAUAUACAUCAUUCGUUUGGCUGGGCUUUGUUUGCAUUGCUAUGCAUACAAGCUUUCGGAGGAAUCGUUCGCAAAAUAGCCAAUGCUGUCAAACACUCGACAGAGGAUGGUUACGAAAGGAUAAGUCUUAUGCAGCAGCCACAUCACGACCCACAGCAAAGAGGCUCGCGCGUCAGUGAAAGUGGCAGCAGUCUAGUAUCCGAAACAACGACUUUAAAUCACAGUCCGAGCAAUGGUAGCACUAGUGGAGAUGGCAAUCAUUUUCCGCUUACGGAAGGAGAUAUCGGAUAUACCCACCACAAUGAUGAAGACGGUGCAUUGAUGGCAGACAGCUUGCUUGAGGACCGUUAUUAUGUAGAUGACCCUAUUGAACCUCUUGUCACUAUCGAACAACGACGAGGUGCCAAUAGCGUACUUCAUUCUGUGUCCACGAAAAUCUUGUCUCAUACUCCUCAAUUCAUUAAGAGUGGAUUCAGAAAGGCAGCUGACAAUCGGUUUACUAAUACUUUUUGUCGUUAUCUACAUUUCAGUUUGGGCCGUCUUUUCAUUGUGCUCAUUUUCACACAAACGAUAAGUGGUUUAGUUGUCUACCAUGGUGUCUGUCGUGAUUGGGAAAUUUUCGGUUGUAUCGCUCAUCUCAUCAAAGGAGCUAUUUUCUACUUUUAUGGUAUGAUUACUUUUGCUCGUUAUUUGGGCGCUUUUGCAGAAAAGGGUUGGGCAUGGAACUACGUCAAAGAUGGAAACUCGUUCAGCUUUGAAAUGAUUGAGUGCUCCCUUAUCUUUCUGUACGGUAUAACCAAUACUUGGCUGGAACACCUUGGUAGUGACAGUAAGUGGACACACAAAGAUUUGGAACACGCAAGUCUUGCAUUUAUGUUUUGGUGGGCAGGUCUUCUCGGCAUAUUAAUUGAAAGCCGUAGGUUCCGCAGACUACUCGAACGAGUCAUACCAAAGGCUGCUACUCCCCGAUUGUCUUCUAAUGAAGCAACUGAUUAUGCUUUGAACAAUUACAAAGAAGCGGAGGAUAAGAAGACUUUUGUUCAUUCGCCGUCUGGGUCUUCCUCCUCUACUACCUUCACAAACGAUACUGCCAUCGAUAAGAGAAACACAUCACCGUCGAAUUCGUUGCACUUUAACCCUAUGCCUGCUAUUACAGUUUUCAUGACGGGUAUUUCCAUGGGAAACCAUCACCAAGAUACAAUAUAUUCAAGUCGAGUACACUACUUAUGGGGAAUGCUCAUCGCGGCGGCGGCCGUCUGUCGUGUCAUUACCUAUUUUAGUCUGUUCCGUAACCCACCCACCACAAGCCAACCCAGCAGACCACCCAGUGAGGCGGCAGGUGCCUUUUUAUUGACGGGUGGGGCUAUUUUAUUCAUGGCUUCGAAUGCAGGCACGAUUUUGUUCCUACGUCGUUCUCAUGUGGAUUCUAUGUUUUUGCUAAAUUUGACAGUUUCAUUUACGUCCAUGACGUUGGCUUACGUAACAUUUUUAAUGAUUGUCAAAGCUUGGGCUAUGGAUCGUGAGGAACGCAAAAAGAGGGGGACACAACAGCCAUCAACAGCCAAAAGAGGAAGAACGGCUUUCUUUAAGCAUGGCGAAAUAUAGAUCGUAAAAACAAAAAUCCCCCAGCUAUCAUACACAUUCUUCAUUCCCUGUCAUAACAUUAUAAUUAAAACCUAUUUAAAUGGAACUAAAGUAUUUCAUAAUGGAC